ACGAAGAAGAAGAAGAAGCGUCCUCACUCCCAAUACAGGCUGUGCUCAUGCUAGCAGUUCUAGUGACGACAAACUUACAUUUUGUCAAAUUCGCGUUAAACGGUAGACUAUAGUUUUGUUUUCUAACAAGUAUUCGUCAUAGUCUGGGAUUUUCACGGGUUACAGACAAAAAGGCGUCGUGUUGUCCUAUUAGCGUGGACGUUUUCGCUGCCAAAAAAGUGCUGCUUUUUUUUAUUGACUCCAUCGAACACUUAACUAAACAUUCUUUGUUUUCGGUUCUUUUUUUGCGACACGUGUUAUGAGUUUCCCUUUUUAUGCGGAGAACUCCGACCAUGUGAAAUAAGAGCAUCAUGGACAGAGACUUGUUGAGACAGUGUCUGACUUAUCACGGAGAGUCACUAUUCAGCACGCUUAAAUGUGAACAAACUGAAAACCCAGACUUCCAAGACGUGGUGACUGACCUUUGUAAGGUUGCGUAUGAAAGCAACGGCGAAGGGCCGGGGAACCCCCUCGUGGAGCAGUUCAUUGCCAGGAAGGCUGACAUUCUAUUCUGUCCAUCGUGGAAGACAGCAACUCCUAAAGAGGAGAAGCAUGGAGAUGAAGAGGCUGCAGAGCCUUACGCUGUCAUGCCACCCCUGGAGUUAUUCAUGGAAGUGCCUUAUGAUGAGAGAAGGGCCAUGCUGUAUCGAGAUUUGGAACGAGGGGACAUUGUGGUGGGGAGGAUCAACAAUAUCCGAGAAUAUGGCUUUUUUCUCACUCUGAUUUGCAUGGCGCGAGGAAUGAAUCGAGACAUAGAAGACCUGGAGUUAUCUGCUCUUUGUCACAUUAGGGAAAUUCCUUCUGCUGGCAGCCAUGACGAUCCUUUGUCUUACUACCAGAUUGGAGACAUAAUCAGAGCUGGUGUGAAAGACAUUGAUCGCUACCAGGAAAAAAUCACGGUGUCACUGCUUCAAACGUCGCUUUCACCCAGAUCGGAGAGCGUCCAGCUAGGAGUCAUAAACAAGGACGAGCUGCCUCUACACUAUAAUCGUAGUGUUCGGGCAGCUAGUGACUCAAGGGAGACAUACGAGCGUAUACUGUGUGGUUGCCACGGCUACCACAACCCUUCUGUCGUGGACUACUUGCUGGAGAACAUUGGUGUUACUGACAUUCACCCACCCUCAAUGAUGAGGGGGCUACAAAGUAAACUCUUUGAAAAAGAAGAUUUUGCGUGCGCAAUCCGGGAGAAGCAAUCUGCAUCCUGGGCUUUGAAAUGUGUCAAGGCAGGUGUGGACCACUUUAAACACAGUCGCCAUGUGGAAGCCAUGAAUGAGUACAACAAAGCUUUGGACAUCGACACAAACAAUGUGGAAGCGCUGGUAGCACGAGGAGCUCUGUAUGCUAAUAAAGGCAGCAUUUUAAAGGCUAUAUCAGACUUCGAACUGGCCCUGAAGACCUGCCCAGAUCACCGCAACGCCAAGAAGUACCUCUGCCAGACACUGGUUGAGAGAGGAAAACAACUGGAAGAACAGGAGAAACUAGUAACAGCAGAAGGGGUGUACCGAAGAGCUCUCUCGCUGGAUGAUGCAAACCCUGAGGCCCAGGAAGCCUUGAACAAGAUCACAGAGACCAUACAGAAUUCGAUUCGCCUUCGGGAAGAGGCGCUCACUAAAGAAGCGGCAGACAAAGCUAAGAGCAGUCAAAGCAGUGCUGAGAAAUUGCGUAAGAUCUUAAAAGAGGACAAGAGGAUGAAACGAAAACGGAAGAGAUCGGCCUCUUCCUCGUCGACAUCCCCUUCCUCUAGGGACUCCUCCACUUCAUCGUCCUCGUCCGAUCACAGGAGGUCCAAAAAGAAGAAAAAGAAGAAAAGGAGGUCGCAGCGGGAAAGCAAGCGCCAUCGCAGGCUCUCUUCAAGAGAGAGCAACAGGAGGAGUGAAGAGGGUACAUGUGUGAAAAAGAGGCAGGAGAAAGAGGAGGAUGAGGAGUUGGAGUGGUACCCGGAACCUCCUAACACCUCGGCCACCUUUCUCAACCAGAAGGGAGGCCAAGGUUUUGGAGUAAUGGAAGAAGAGGAGGAGGGAGAGGCAAGUAGGAAGGGUAAAGCUGGUAAUGGCCCAAGGAUCUGUUUAUACUCUUUGUCAGGAACCUCAGAAGAUGAAGAGUCUGAGUCUCAUUCAGGAAGUAACAAUAAGGUUAAAGUAGAAAGCGGCUCCAGGGCGAGGAAGAGUAGCAGUGGAAGUCCAGAAAGAUCUAUGAGUAGAGAUAGUAGUCAUAGGAGCAUGGAGAGAGGACAUGAGGAUAAAAGGAGGAGAAGCUUAGAUGAGAGGAAACGCAAAAUAUCUUGCUCGUCAUCGGAGUCCUCGUACUCGAGGAAACAGAAUGCAGAACAUUCAGGACACUACGGUCAAAGCAAAGAGUUUUCUAGGAGGAGCUCUUUGGGAAGCGAAACGUAUGAAAGCCGAGGCUGGGAUAAAGAGGAAACUUGGAAAGAGAAGUGUCGUAAUAACGAAAAAGCUGAGGAGGAGAAGGUAGAUGUAGGCAGGUCAGGUACAGCUGAUUUCCAGGCUGAGCAGGGUGGAGAGAUCUCGGUACCAGGGGGAAAGGCCAAAAAAGACCUUCCUGCAAAUUUGUUGGACAUCUUCAACCAAAUUGCCAAGUUUGAGAAGGAUAAAGGCGUUAGACCAAAAAAGUAAACGACAGCUCACGAGUUCCAUUUGGAAAGUUUAAAUGUUGUGUACAUUUGAAAUCGAAAUAAGUCUCUUUUUUUUUUCUUCUUUUAAAUACGCAUUUGUUAAUGUGUUGCUUACACCCUGGAAGAGAGGGCUGUAAUUGUUUUACAGAUAAACUGCUGUGGAAACAGUAAAUAAACAUUUAGAUGCCAGGGAUGUGCCUGAAAAAAUAUGCUGAAUGCCACACGAACUGACAUUUUGACUUAUCAAAGUACAAACGAAAUUAUUGGAUGUGCUUUU